AUGACAACUCAAGCUUCGAGCAACCCACAAGUAUCUUCUCAAAGAGAUAAAAUACCGCGCGAUUCAAAAGUAAUGGAACUAAUUCUACGCUCAGCCGGAGUUGAAGAAUUUGAACCGAAAGUAGUUCAACAACUAUUAGAAUUUGCUCACCGAUAUACUAUUGAUGUUAUUCAAGAUGCUUCUGCAUAUGCCGAACACACGGGAAAAAAUGAAAUGGAUAUUGAUGAUGUUAAACUAGCGAUACAAGGCCGUAUCAACCAUUCAUUUAUUGCACCACCCAAACAAGAACUCGCCAAAGAACAGAAUAAAGAACCAUUACCACCAGUACCCUUAAAAUAUGGAUUACGUUUACCCCCUGACAGGCAUUGUUUAACAGCUAUAAACUUUCAACUUAUACCCGAGCAUAAUAACACAACAUUUUCACGAUUAGAAGGGAAUAAUGAGACAUCGCGCAGCUUACCAACAGAAAAGGAUGUGAUGACAGGUGUUCAGCCUACUAGUAAUGAAACAGAUUACGAUAUGCAAGAUGUAGAAGAAACGCAAGAUCCAGAAGUAAAAAUGAAUGCAGGUUACAAACGACCAGCGGAAGAUGAUGAAUAUGACGAUUUUUAA